AUUCCAUCAACACAUACACAAUUCAAUCAACCAAAAUGCAGGCUUCCAUCUACUUGCCUUCAACAUCGUUCCUCUCAUUGCCAUCUACCAAAGCCUCAAGUUUCUCAAAGACAUUAUUGCAUACUACUACACUUACCAAACGUCAACUUCGUCAAACAUCAUCAUCUCUCUCAAAUUCAAUCAAAGCAGCACCAUCUGACAAUAAUUCUCAGUUCGAUUACAGCUCCAUGGCCUCAUCAGUUUUCCCAGCAGAAGCAUGCGAGACUCUAGGUGGUGAUGCUUGUGAUGUUGAGAUGUUCCCGGAGACCAAGAUCAAACAACAACCCGACCCCAAGCUUGAUCCUCCCACUUCAGAACAAGUUGAUAGAGAGUAUCUCGAGUACAACAGUCCCAACACGGUGUUUAUUGCAGAGGCUUGCGAUGAUCUUGGAGGGGAGUUCUGUGACCCGGCGUAUCAGAGUGGAGUGUAA